AUCGCAGACCCGCAACACAUUGUAUUGCAUACUUUUUGGCGCGCUUCGAAAUAAACACACCAAUACUUCCACCAACAGGCAAUACACCAACACAGUCAGGCUCGGUUUCUGCGAGAGUGCGAGUGUGUGUGAGUGCUUCCUGAAGUCGCCCUUCCUGCGAAGCGACAAAAUUCAUCAACUCUUGUGUCUGGGGUGGUAUGUGGAUAAAUUUUAGCCGCCAUGGAUCCCAGUGCUCUACAAAACAUGGAUCGGGACGCAUUAAAGAAGCAAAUCGAGAAUAUGAAAUAUCAGGCCUCCAUGGAGCGCUGGCCGUUAUCUAAAUCCAUAGCAGAAAUGCGCUCGUUCAUCGAGGAGAACGAAAAGAACGAUCCGUUGAUCAAUGCGCCGGAUAAGAAGAACAAUCCGUGGGCCGAAAAGGGCAAAUGCGUUAUCAUGUAAUAUU